ACGAUUUCAACCCACCUACUGCAUACAAAGACGGGAGCAUCAGACCUGUGUGAUUAUGGGCAAUUCGAGUAAAAGGGGAUCAUGGGAAAUGGAGUGAUGUUGUGACCUGCGCCCAGAGAGACCCCAGUUGUGUACAAUGAAUACGACCACGUCACCCGCGGACCUGCUGGACGUUGUGCGGCAGAACUCCUACAAUGGCAGCCUGGCGUCCCAGUCGCCCGCGCGCUGGGCCCUGGUGCACACCGCCACCCUGGCCUCCUGCUCGCUCCUCCUCAUCCUCAUCUUCUGCCUGGGCUCCUACGGCAACCUGGUGGUGUUCCUCUCCUUCUUCGACCCGGCCUUCCGCAAGUUCCGCACCAACUUCGACUUCAUGAUCCUCAACCUGUCCUUCUGCGACCUGUUCAUCUGCUGCGUGACCACGCCCAUGUUCACCAUGGUGCUGUUCCUGGACGCGGGCGGCACGGGGGGGGUGGCGGGGGGCGCUGGGGGGGUGGCGGCGGGCGGGGGCAUGGGCGUGUCCAAGGCCUUCUGCUUCACGUUCCACCUGACCAGCUCGGGGUUCAUCCUGAUGUCGCUGAAGACGGUCGCGGUCAUCGCCCUGCACCGCCUCCGCAUGGUCCUGGGCCGGCAGCCGGACCGCACCGCCUCCUUCCCCUGCACCCUGGCGCUGACCGCCCUCCUGUGGACCACCAGCUUCACCCUGGCGGCCCUCUUCACGCUGCGCACCUACCCCUGGAGGUCCCGGCCCUGCCUGCCGCACGCCGGCCUGGGGGCGAUGGAGGGCAAGGCCGUGCUGUACCUGUACCUGGCGGACUUCGCGCUGUGCGUGGCCGUGGUGUCGGUCUCCUACGUGAUGAUCGCCCAGGCCCUGCGGAAGAACGCGCAGGUGCGCCGGUGCCCGGUCAUCACCGUGGACGCCACCCGCCCGCCCCCGCUCAUCGCCGCCGGGUUCGAGGGGGUGCAGCGCGCCGUGCCCGUGCCCCUCUACCGGAACCAGACCUACAACAAGCUGCAGCACGUGCAGACGCACGCCUACACCAAGAGGGGGAGCCAGGGCGGGGCCGGAGGGCCCGGCGCGCAGGGGGCGGGGCCCGGGGCCUGCUGCCAGAUCAUCUCCUCCGUCAACCUGGCCACGGCCAAGGACUCGAAGGCGGUGGUGACGUGCGUGGUGAUCGUGUUCUCGGUGCUGCUGUGCUGCCUGCCCAUGGCGGUGUCGCUGGCGCAGGGCGUGCUCUCCCCGGACAGCGGGUUCCUGCUGUACCAGUUCGAGCUGUGCGGCUUCACGCUCAUCUUCCUGAAGUCGGGCAUCAACCCGUUCGUGUACUCGCGGAACAGCGCGGGCCUGCGGCGGCGCAUGCUGUGGUGCCUGCAGUGCGCCUCCCCCGGCGCCCCCUGCUGCCGGCGGCGCACGCGCCUGCGCGCGGUGGGCAAGGGCAGCCUGGAGGUCAACCGCAACAAGUCGUCGCACCAGGAGACCAACUCGGCCUGCGUGCUGUCGCCCCGCCCGCAGCGCCGGCUGGUGGACCAGGCGUGCGGGCCCAGCCAGUCCCGCGACAGCGUGCUCAGCCCCCCGCCCCCCACCGCCGGCCGCCGGCCGCGGCCCCCCAGCACCUCCACGCCCAUCAACACGCGCAUCGAGCCCUACUACAGCAUCUACAACAGCAGCCCGUCCCAGGGGCCCAGCUCGCCCAACAGCCUGCUGCCCACCAACUCCACCUUCGGCUUCGCCAAGUCCUACGUGGCCAUGCACUACCACACCCACCAGGACGCGCUGGAGGACUUUGAGAGCGUGGCCACGCACCAGAUCCCCAUGCCCUCCGUCUGA